UUAAUUGAACUUUCUAACAAACAUGAAUUUGAAAUAAAUUAAAGAAAUAAUUAGUUUUCACAAUUAAUUUCCCGGCACUGCAGUGACAGAGCAAUUUAAGUACCUACUCGUAUUGUAGUUUUUUAAUUGCAUAUUUUUGCAUCUUAAGCGCGACGCGGUUGUCUUUAUAUAUUCUGGAUUAAUUUCUGGUGGGAAAAGAACUGCAAGCGGCACAAUUCGGGAAGUUUCCUAAAACGGGCUUAGCUCGUUAUCAAAAGAGGUGAUCAUGCUUCCAAUAACUCUGGUUCUGGUAUGGCUUGUGCGGGUUGAUGGCAUGAUGUAUGCCUUGAAUAUUCAGAGGACAAUUGACGACGACAGCGAGGACAACUUUAUUUUGCAGUCGGAUUUAGAUGAAGUUGAAAGAGUGUCGCGGUGUAUGUCGCUUCAAUUUGGUCUCAGCGAGGCUCAGGAUAUUGAAGAACUAGAUCUAAUGAGGGAUGCCCGAACUUCUUUUAUUCCACGAGACAGAGCUGCUAUACCAUGGGAGUGCUUGGAUGUAAAUUUUGAGACAGCUUCUGCCAGCCGUUCGAAACGCGCUUCAAACUAUAGCUUCCAUAGUCUUCGCCAGAACCCUGCAACGCCAAUAAGUAGUGGUGAGUCAAUGGCCUUGCAUUUCAUAUGGAAGGCCCAAGAUUCAAAGGAGAGCAUUCGGCAGGCCCAAGCUGAAACUAUGAUGAAGUACAUGGACAAAACUGUAGAUCCGUGCAAGGAUUUCUACAAAUACGCGUGUGGAAAUUGGGAGAAAAUUAAUCCCAUUCCAAAGGAUAAAGCUGGUUUUGAUACAUUUGAAAUGUUGAGGGAAAACCUGGAUGUUGUGCUGGAGCAGCUGUUGGAAGAAAAAAUAUCAAAGCCCGAAGUUGUCCAAAUAAGCAAUAAUUACUACCAAGAUCCUGAGGCAAAAUCUGACAUUGUGGCCCGACGUUUAGACCCUAGGGAGACUUUAAGCCAGGUCUUAAAAUCAUCACACAUUCGAAAACAUAUAAUCAAACGCCGAAGAAUUUUGGAUACUCUUCUGGAAAGAUACAAGCGAGAUUUAUUAAGUCUUCCCGAUAGUCAAACAAACAGGUUGACCCAACAAACAAAAGAAGUCGAUGCUGAGACAAAAGCCAAGCUACUGUACCAGUCUUGUAUUAAUAGCGUGCUGUUGGAAAGGCGUGGCAUCAGACCGUUGCUUAAUCUAAUCCGAUCUCUUGGAGGUUGGCCAGUAUUAGAUAAAAAUUGGUCUGCAGAUGGAUUUGAUUGGUUGAAUUUGACAGCUCAACUUAGGCUUUUUAACAAUGAUAUUCUAAUUGUCGAAUGGGUGGGACCAGAUCUUAAGAAUUCCAACGUGAAUAUCAUUCAUUUCGAUCAAACCAGUCUUGGUCUUCCAACGCGUGAAUACUUUCUCGAGGAUGCUCAAGGCAAGUAUUUGAAGGCUUAUAAGGAUUUUAUGAAAACAGUCAUGUAUCUUCUUGGAGCUAGUCAAGCUGAGGCGAUUAAAACUUCUGAAGAGCUUAUCGCUUUUGAAUCCCAUCUGGCUGCGAUAACAUCGCCGGCUGAAGAAAGAGUUAAUGUAACUAAGCUGUAUAAGAAGAUGACCGUGCUUGAAUUGAGUCAAGUGGUCCCAAAGAUAGACUGGAAAACAUACUUGAGCAUUGUUCAGGAGCGACCGGUGGAUGAAUCAGAAAAUGUCGUAAUAUUCGCCUUGAACUACAUGAACGACCUAGUGAAUCUUAUUGCUAAAACUCAACCCCGGAUAGUGGCUAAUUACCUCAUGUGGCGUUUUGUCCGACAUCGCAUCAACAACGUUGAUGACCGUUUUGAGGACUCCAAGCAGAAGUUCUUUCAUGCCCUGUUUGGUCGCGAAGAAAGUCCCUCUCGGUGGAAGGUGUGCAUCGCUCAGGUAAAUUCAAACAUGGGAAUGGCGCUGGGCGCCAUGUUUGUUCGAAAAUAUUUUGACGAAAACAGCAAAGAGGACACUCUCAAAAUGACACAUGAACUGCAGCAGGCCUUCCGGGAUAUUCUCCAAACGACCGAUUGGAUAGACAACACCACCAAGCAUUUGGCCGAGGAAAAAGUCAAUGUGAUGUCCUUAAAAAUCGGUUAUCCUGAUGACAUUUUGGUGCCUAGUGAAUUAACAGAGAAAUACCGGGGUAUCGAUAUUCAUCCGGAUAAAUAUUUCGAAAAUACUUUGAAUGUUCUACGUCAUACAGCGCGCACAGAGCAGCAAAAAAUGCUAGAGCCUGUCAACAAAACCAUGUGGCAGACCCCGCCAGCUAUUGUCAAUGCCUACUAUAGUCGCAAUAAAAAUCAGAUUAUGUUUCCGGCGGGAAUACUGCAGCCACCGUUUUACCAUCGCCACUUCCCGCGGGCUCUUAAUUUCGGAGGGAUCGGUGUUGUCAUAGGUCAUGAGCUCACCCAUGGCUUUGACGAUAAGGGUAGGCUGUUUGACAGCAAUGGCAGCAUCCACAAGUGGUGGACGGAUUCGGCAGUGCAGGGCUUCGAUGAGCGAGCACGCUGUCUUAUUGCCCAAUAUGGAAACUACACAGUGAGUGAGGUUGGCAUCACGCUCAAUGGUGAAAGUACGCAAGGCGAGAAUAUUGCUGACAAUGGUGGAAUACGACAAGCGUUCCAUGCCUACCAGAGCUGGCUGAAAAAGAGCAGCAUGGCCGAACGAAAAGAGGAAAUGUUGCCUGGUGUGAAUAUGACUGGGGCACAAUUGUUCUUUUUGAAUUUUGCACAAGUUUGGUGCGGAGCUAUGCGACCAGAGGCAACAAGAAACAAACUCAACACUGCUAUUCAUAGUCCGGGACGGUUUCGUGUCAUCGGAACGCUAUCGAACUCAGAGGACUUUGCCAGAGAGUUCCAAUGCGAAAGAGGCUCGCCCAUGAAUCCAGCCCAGAAGUGUGGAGUAUGGUGAUUGGUGAGGAGGGACCAGUAAGACGAUUUGUAAAAUUUUAUGCGGAGAAUUGUGUGCAUCCUAGGAGUAGUUGUUGUUAUCAAUGCCAUCGUUAGUCGUCGAAGUCUUUGCCUCGUUAAAUUAGAUUUAAUUGAAUCAAUGCGUGGUGACGUAGGUCGAUUCCUGAAACUUGCUGCUUUAAAAGAUUGUCAUCAUAAGUUUUUCCUGUUUAGUUUUUAAUGCAAUAAAUUUAUCGUUGUGAUAUUUAAGUUCUUUCCAAACCAAACAAACAAAUAUCUAUAAUUUUAAAAAUAUAUUUAAUUUAGUGUAAAUUUAUAUUUUUUUUUACAUUUGUAUAAUACUAUUUUUUAUAAAAAUUUUAAAUAUACCAAAAAAUAUGCAAACAUUA